CCUCUCUGGGGAGCCAACCACCUGCUGUAGGCCUGGGAUGUCACAAUCAAGGACACUGGGCCCCUCCUUGAGUCACAGGGACCGACAGAGUGAGAACACUGCAGAAGGGGUCCUGGUCUCAGAAGCCUGAAGUCACAGGGCUCUGUCCCCUGGGAGACACCAGGAGUGAGUCACUGGGAUCAGUGGAAAAAAAAAUGCUUCUUCCUUUCCAUCUGCCUGAGGAUUUCUCCCCAGUCUGGAGUCCUGCUCCCAGAAGAGCCCCAACACCACAUGGGUGUGACAUGGCACUGGGGGAAACUCUGGAGGAUGGCACAUCCCCUGGAGCAGGCAGUGGCAGCCAUCGUGUUGACCUUCCAGCAGUACGCGGAGCUCAGUGGGAACAAGCACAAGCUGUGCCAGGCAGAACUCAAGGAGCUGCUGCAGAAGGAGCUGCCCACCUGGGUUCCCACGGAACUCCGUGAAUGUGACUACAACAAGUUCAUGAGUGUGCUGGACACCAACAAGGACUGCGAGGUGGACUUCAUGGAGUAUGUGCGUGCGCUCGCCUGCCUCUGCACCUACUGCCACGAGUACUUCAAGACCUGCCCCCCAGAACCCCCCUGCUCCCAAUAGCCUCUGCUCCCUGGGCCAAGUGGUCCCAGCUGGGGGUUGAGCCUUCUGAGACCCAAAGUGGUCUUGUACCCACUCCUGGCCCUACUUCCCUCUCUCCUGGGCUCUUCUCUGUCUGAACUGCCCAUUUUGGCCUCCCUUUGGCCCCCGGAGGCUGGGAUCUGGGGGGAGACUCUUCCUAGGGUCACAGGUAGUGGCUUGUGGGCAGCUGGGGGUGGUAGGGUCUGGCUUGAGGCUGUCACAGGGGUGGGUAUGAAAGUGUCAUGACUGAGAGGGACCACUUCACUUCUAAUAAAGAGCUGCUGUCACUUGG